ACCAACCUCUAUGCGUAAUACAUUGCUUUCAUGUUAUUAUUUCUUUCCUUCGGGAUAAAAGAUUGUUGUUUUAUCAUUUUAUCUUUCAAUCGCAAGCAGAAGUUGAUACGCAAACAACAUUAGUCAAUUGUCUAUAAUAUUCUUGUCGACUGGGUUCAUUCAGUCAGUCAGUCUGUGUCAUCGUGUUGUAACUACCUCCAGUCCGCGAUCGCCAUUGGAGUUGCUAUGACUUCCCGAUUGUAAAAAAAAAUAAGGCAUGUGUUAACGGCUUUGUAAGUUACAGCGCUUUUAUUCGUGAUGGUUUAGGUAGGAUAGACUUUUAGAAGAUAUGGCUACCCAUCAUUCAAGUAAGCGGACAAUAAAAUAUAGUGUUUUAAAAUGGCCUGGCGGUCUGUGGUUUUGUGGCGUUAUAAUGCUGUGUGUAAUUCGACUGCCGAGUACCUUAGCCCGGUGUUAUCCAGAAGGACGUGCAGAUGUGUUGUACGGUGACCCGUUGGAACUGUUUUGUAUAGCCGACAGUCCCGAAGAUCUUGACUACAACCCGGAGGAUCUCAAGUUCAGCCUCAGCAAUGUGGUUCUCAACGAUACGGAGCUCAUCAACUCUACCACACGACGGCUAUUCAUUAGAAAACCUGAAAAAUCGUUGAAAUCCUAUCAAUGCCGGUACAAGAAUGAUGUAUGCAUGAUAAGAGUGCUGGUGGGCGCUCCUCCUUUGGAAGUGACUGACUUUCGCUGUAUUUCGUAUAACCUCAUUAUGCUGAAAUGUACUUGGACAAUUGCCCCAGAUUUAGCAGUUAUAAACUAUUCUGUGACUGUGGAGUUUGAUGGUAAGCGUGUGGGACCAAGCCCAGCUAUAAACAAAGGUAAUCAAAGCUACUGGAUAUGGGACACUGCCUACAGACAACAAGAGGCAACAUUUAAUAUUAUUCUGAAUGCUACCACCCAGUUUGGGACAACUUUACAACAAUUUAAUAUUGAUCACUUUGCUAUUGUUAAACCUGACCCCCCAAGUAGUCUGCAAGUGCUUAUCAAUAAGAGUCAUCAAGUGAAAUUGCAGUGGGAAAUCCCUAACACUAUGGUGGAGCUGCUGGCCUGUGGGGUGGAACAUAGAAUUGAGUACCAGAUUGCUAAAAUUGACCCUACUCAAUAUUUCCAUAGUGUCAAUGCUUCAAUGUUGCCCAGAAAUAACAAGACAUAUGUGUUUUGGUUGAAAAAUCUACCAUAUGCUCACAUGCAGUAUGAGGUGAAGAUAUACAUUAAGUCAAGAAAGGCUGUUAAAGAAGAGUUCUGGUCAAACUACAGCUAUAUAGUGUUCACAACAGCCAGUGAGAGGCCAAGGCGACCUCCAGACAUGAUUGUUGGUGCCUUUAGUGAAACAGAAUUUGAAUCACGAAGGAAAGUUAUGAUUUACUGGAGGCAAUUAGAAGAGUAUGAGGAAGCUGGAGCGAAUUUCACCUACAUGGUGAAUGUAACUCACAGCGACAAGACAAUUACUCUCUAUCCUUACAAAAAUAACAGUCUCAGCUAUGUAAUGCUUGACAAUGUUCCAUGGCAGCCAAUGCAGGUGUCGGUGGCAUCGCUUAAUGAAAAAGGUUUAUCCCCAUACAACAGCCAUCUCUAUAUCCCUCCUAAGGCAGAUAGCAGCUUAAAAGUAACCAAAUUCAGCCAAAUUGCAUUUGAAGGCAACAUUUACAAACUAUCUUGGAUUGGGUUUGGGGACAACAAGAUUGACAAUUACACCCUUUUCUGGUGCCAGCAUAACAUUACCAACAUAUGUACCGGGCGUCUUAAUUUCACAGUUUUGGAAAGUAACAAAACUAGUCACAAAAUUGCCCUCCCAAGAAGAGAUAGGUAUCAAUUUGCAAUAGCUGCCAAUAGAGGUUAUGAUACCAGUGGUAUUGUAUGGGCUACAUGUGACAUCUCCAAUGACACCCUUCUGAUGUAUAAUUUCCCUGUCGAAGUCGGCCAUGGGCCUCAGGGAAAAACCCAUGUCAGUAUAAAUUGGUCUCUAACUUGUAGCAUUCAUUUGGAACCAAACCAAACAACUAUUAAAGGAUACAAAAUAACAUAUUGCAUAGUUUUAAAAACUACCAAUGAAUGUGAUCCAGCCUAUAAUAAGACAUAUGUGAAUAUACCAAACCCCCGUCAGAUGCAGAAAAAUAUUACGAACUUGCUGCCAUUCAAAACAUAUUUGUUCACACUUUCAUUAGAGACACAUUCAGGGUGGAAAAAUUUGGAAAAUGCAUCUACUGCCACCACUACUACAGAAGAUACACCGACAAGCCCGAGAAAUGUUACCGUGACAAAUGUAACUAGUGACUCUGUUGUAUUGUCUUUUGAUCCACCAAAUCCAAGAAAUGGAAUAAUUGGAAAUUACAAGAUUUACAAUUUUUCUGAAUUGCUUAAAGUGGUAGAUGUCAUGAAUGAUAGCACUGACACAGUCAGAAGGAAUGUGACAAUUACUGGACUUCUUGGAUUCACCAUCUACGGCUUUACUGUAAAGGCCUGUAACACUGGAAUUAAAGUUUGCUCCGAGGAAAGUCCACGGGAACCUAUUGUAGUCAAAACCAAAAUUGGCCCUCCAGCUCAAUUAAAACCACCUCAAGUCACACAAAAUCCAGACCAACUCCACUGGCAAAAACCUGACCCACCAGGUGGCAAUGUCACUUAUUAUGAAAUCAAAGUAGUCAAAGAUAAUAAUGAAAAAGAUACAAUAAUAUAUAGUACAUAUAAUAGGACAUAUAAAGUGGCUCAAUGUUCCGAUGUUAAAUUCGGGGAGACAUAUCAAGUGCGAGCAGUUAAUAUAGACGGAGACCUUAUAUUCCCAGGGGAAUGGAGUGAGCCUAGCCAUAACAAUUGUCGGUUUAGUGACAAUACCACCAUGAUUGUCAUUUUUGUGACGAUAUUUACUCUCAUUGGCAUUGGAUAUGGCUGUGUUAAGCUAUAUCAAAAGUAUAAAGCAAUGGAUAUAAAACCUAUAAUGCCUGAAGGCCUUAUUAUACCAGAACCUGAUAAAUUUGCGUUCGCAUGGAACGCGAACAAUAAAGAUAAUAAGCCAUCUAACGACGAAACAUUGCCUUUGACUACUAAAUCUACGUUGGUGUCUUUACCUGAACUUAAGCCAAGGGAUAACAGCAACGGCAACUGUAACAACAGCGAUCACACAGACAGCACCGUUUUGUCAGACAAUUCGCGGGGGCACAUCGACCGCCACCCGUCCACUUCAGAUGACGAUUCUAAUUCAUCGCUUAAUUUGGAAGUAGACUCCAGACUAGACACUGGAAAAGUAGACUGUAGUAAUAAUACGCAAGACGAGGAAUAUACCAAUUCCGACAACGACAGCUUCCGCGAUCCAUUCAAUGACAAACCGUUCAAAGUAAAACCUCAGCUAAUUUGUAAUCCUAACACUGGAUAUGUUCAGUCUGUGCCGCCUAUACCAUUUAAUCCGCCUUCAGAGACGGCGAGCUCGAGUUACGUAAAAGCCGGGCUAUCGCCGCCAAUAUUCACGACGGGCGUUGUCCCGCCGUCCGUGAAGAAUCACCCUCCUACCUCAUCGGGACACAUACUUCACGAAGAUGCUCAGGAUUUGCCUAAAUUAAGGCCGUCUCCGAACUUACAUUUCGAGCCGACCAUCUUGCCGUCUGUGCCCAACUUGCCGCAGCCAGCCAAAAAUGAGGUCAACAGCGGCUACAUACAGUUGGAAUCCUUGCCUAGUCUGAAACCGCCCACGGCGCCCAACAUUAGUCCGGGAGAGGCCGUUAUGAAUAAGCAUUUUAAUAAUCUUAUGACCGCCGGGCAGUUGGCGGAGGAGCCAGCUAUCCUGGACCCCAUGAUGUCGCCUGACGCAUACUGUCGGUUCUCGUGGAGCACUGACCCCGCCGAUGAUAACCUGCAAUCAUUGUACUCGCCUUCUGCGGUCAAUUCGUUUAAGAAUUGAAAAAGUUC